AUGGCAAACCAUGUUGCCAGCAAGGGCAUCUUUGUCAGCUUGUGGGCCAGGGAGGAGGAGGUCGUUCAAAGCAUCAACAGCAAGCAUGAGAACAGCACCUUUCUUGCCGGGGUUCCGCUCAGUGAGAAAAUCGUGGCAACCGGAAGUGUUGCCGAGGCUGUCUCAGAAGCUGAGCUACUCUUCCUCAUCAUCCCCACCCCUUUCAUUGCCAAGUGGCUGGAACAAAACCAGCCAAUGCUCCCUUGGCAGGUUCCAUUGGUCUGUUUUAGCAAAGGGAUUGAGCAGCAAAGCCUCCGCACUCCAUACGAGAUCCUGGUGGAUGAGCUGCCGGGAAAGUAUCAUGCCAAGCUGGCGGUCGUGAGUGGCCCAUCUUUUGCAAAAGAAAUCGGCGUUGGUUUGCCAACAAGCGUGACCUGUGCGGCACAGGAUAUCGAAGUCGCGAAGCAGAUUCAGUUGGCACUGGCGACACGAAACUUUCGUGUUUACACUGCUGCGGAUGUGAUCGGGGCCGAGCUGUGUGGAGCCUUGAAAAACGUGUUGGCCAUCGCCUGUGGGGCCAGUGAUGGAUUCGGGUUUGGGGCCAAUGCCAGAGCGGCCCUGAUUACCAGAGGGCUAGCUGAAAUGACGCGCCUUGUGGUCAAGAAAGGUGGAAAGGCUUCAACGAUUACAGGACUGGCAGGUGUCGGGGAUCUCGUGCUAACCUGCAGUAGCAGCCUUUCACGAAAUUAUUCAGUUGGUCAGGCUAUGGCUGCAAGGAGUUUGCCAGAAGACAAGCGAAAAGACCAGAAGCAGUCGAACAACUUCAACCGGGACCUAGCAGUUGCAGAGGGAGUGAAGACGAGCCUUGCUGUGCACCUGCUUGCAGAAAAGCUAGGUGUCGAGAUGCCCAUAUGUGAGGCAGUUUACGAAGUCAUCCACAAGGGGAUCGACAUCAAGACAGCUUUGCGCAAGCUGCAAGAUCGUCCCCUGAGAGCCGAGCACGACGAGUACCAGGGCACCUGGGUAUGGAGUGCACUCUGA